AUGUCUGUCCGUCUCUUGUUCUCUUCUCGCCCCCUUCGCUGCACGCAUCCUCCGAUUGUGCGCAUUUGCUUCUGUUCGCCUGUCUGCCUCCGGAGACAUUCGUCUUCAGGCACCGCAACCGGCUUCACGCUCCAGCCGGGCACUGAUUGGCUCGUGGUGCAUACAACAGCUGACGCUGAACCAGUGGACAAGGCUACUCGCACUACUCACUUUUCGCCUUACUCCUCUCCGACUGCCUCUCUUCUCACCAGCUCUCACACUCUUUGUCGUUGCCGUUGCCUAGCUCCUCUGCCUCAAAGCAUCGAUUUUCAAUCGGUCGUCGAUUUGUGCAAAUGCUCGCCGUCUCUAGGCGCUAGGUGA